CUAUACAAAUAUCUUUCCACCCAGUGGAUAUAAAAAAUACAAUUUAACCUCAUUAGUAAGUGCUCUAUUGUUAGUGCUGUAUUUAUUGGUGUUAAAAAUAUUGUUUCAAAGAAACUAAUACAAUAUGUUAAAAAUGCGUUUUUCUACAGUUUUUUUGUUUUUGGCGAUUGUAAUUAUAUCAUUUCUCAAUGAAACGGAAGCGAGACGAAAGAUUCUUAGGGGAAGAAAAACCAUUACCAGGACAUAUUACAAAUCAUUAGGAAUACCUGCUUGGUUGUCAAUCAUAUUCACUGGACUCUUCAUUAUAGGGAUUUCAGGAAUAAUUUUUGGUGUAUUACAAAAAUUUAUUAUAGUUAACAAUCAACCUCCACAACAAACGCCUUCCUCAGUACCACUCACAACGUCAACUUAGAGCUCUUAAAGUAUAAUGUUCUAACAAUUUGUAUAGUUUUAACAACUUUAAUUAAGACAAAAU